AGUUGCUCCGACACCAGUACGCUCAGGACACGAAGAUGGGCUUUGUGAUCAAUGCCAUCUACUCUAUGGCUUACGGCCUGCACGCCAUGCAGAAGUCUCUGUGUCCCGGCUACGCAGGUCUGUGUGAAGCCAUGCGGCCGAUUGAUGGAGGUAAACUCUUAGAAUUCCUCAUGAGGACAAACUUCACUGGCGUCUCGGGAGAAGUGGUGCUGUUUGAUGAGAACGGAGACUCCCCGGGGAGGUAUGAAAUCAUGAACUUUAAACAGAUGAGUGAGGAGGACUAUAGCUACAUCCAUGUGGGCAGCUGGGACAACAGUGGGCUGAAGAUGGAUGACGAGGAGAUUUGGGCCAAUAGCAGUGCCAUCAUCAGAUCAGUGUGCAGUGAUCCCUGUGAAAAAGCUCAGAUAAAGGUUAUCCGUAAGGGUGAGGUGAGCUGCUGCUGGACCUGCACUCCGUGUAAAGAAAAUGAGUUUGUGUUUGAUGAAUACACCUGUCGUAUGUGCGAGCUUGGAUCCUGGCCUACAGAUGACCUCACAG